CCGCUGCAGCAACGUCCCCCACGUAACACCCCGGAGCAAACAUCCAGCAGUGAGUUACUUUAUCCAGUCAGCUGAACGGCCCGCAUUCAUUCGCCAGCGAUAACCUCCGACCCCGCCCGUCGACAUUACCGUACAUUUCAGCAAGACCUCCAUCAACCUAUCAUUCCUUUAGCCGUUUGCAAAAGAUGGACCCCAGAGCACAGCAGCAUUACAUGCAGUCCGAUUUUGCUCCCCUAGACGUCAAUUUCAUGGGCCUGAAUAGUCCAGGUUCGUAUCAGACUUCGACAAUGCCACCACAGCAACAGUUUCAGCGACAGCCGUCAUACCCGCAAAUCUCGCCACUGCAGUCAGGGCACGCAGGAUAUGGACAACAAGCAGCAGCUGCUUUGCCGCAAGGAUUGAUGCCAUUGAGCUUGAAUGAACCGGCAUACACAGACUCUGAGCAUGGUGGAAUGUAUCCACCACAGCAGCAGGGUGGGCAGCAGUGGCAACAGCCUCGUCCCUUUCUUGAUCAACGAUCCGGUUCAUCGCCAAACACAUCUACAUCUAAUGUCCACCAGCAGUCACAUUACGGCGGUGGUCAGCAAGGAACUCACCAACAGGGUUACCAGCAACAACAGCAGCAACAGCAAGGUCCUUCCUCAAGUCUGACAGAAUUCACCAAGCGCAAGAACUGGUCGCAGCGAAUCAUCGACGAAAUCCGCGAUUUUAUGCACAUUCUUUCGCCAACCGGUACCUUUAUUUACGCCUCUCCGUCCUCCCACGAUCUCGUCGGCUAUUAUCCCAAUGAACUGAUCGGACGCCCCAUCACGGACUUUAUGCACGUUGACGAUAUGGAGAUGUUUGUCGGUGAAUUCAACAACUGCAUUAAGUCCCGCAAGAAGUUCAGCGCAUUCUACCGAUUCCGCACCCGCGAGGACCGUUUUGCCAUCUUCGAGACAGUCGGUCACCCUCGAUUUGGUACCUCGGGCAACAAGCGCGGCGAUGAAGAUGAUGCGGGAGAUUGCAAGUGCUUCUUCAUGGUUGGCCGUCCAUAUCCUACAAAGUCGGCAGCCAUGCUCGACUCCUUCCUCGAACUCAAACUCGAAAACGAACGCCUCCGCAAACGUCUCCGCGAACUCGCCCUUCCCUCCAGCGCGGUCGAAGCCGCAGAUCCUCGUCCCGAAACAUCCUCUCCACCCGGUCAAUCCGGCGAUGCUAACGCCCUCACCCGCCAAAACCUCGAAGAAGCCGAACGCAAUAUGCCAGAGCCCUUGGUCGCUGGUGCACAGUCCAUACGCGAAAAGAUGGCAAACUACGGUUACGAUCCACAAGCCAUCGACACCAUCGAACAACUCACCGGCCUCCGGUACUCUUCUAACAACGCCCCAGGAGAUCCUACAUACCAAGGUCAAGGCAACGUUUCCCCCGCCCUCAUCACCGCAACAGGCGAAGUCGUUCAACUCCCUCCCGGCGUCUCCUUCGAACCUCGUGAAGACAUCCUCGGAGCUGGUGCGAGUUCGGGAGGAGCUGAUAUUGCUAUGGGUGAUGAUUCUCCACAGCGUGGUCUGAAGCGCAAGAAGAACAAGAAGAUGAAGUUGGCGGCUGAUGAGUAUGUUUGCACGGAUUGUGGUACGACGGAUUCACCGGAAUGGAGACGUGGGCCACAUGGUGCGAAGACAUUGUGUAAUGCGUGUGGGUUGAGAUGGGCGAAGCAGGAGAAGAAGCAGCAAAAGGAGGGAUUGUCAAGAGAUUCGAGGAGGAAGGCACCCAUGAGCGCCUCCCUACCACGAACUGUGGUAGGACGCCUCAGAUUGGCACCCGCAUAG